GGAAAUUAGUAAACUAGUAAGAAAAUGGAAGAGCAACUGCCCACAUAUUCCCCUUCGGGGCUACCCUUCUGAGUCUGGAUUCGAAUAGUUACCAAAAUUGAAAGGAGAUGUGAUCCUCCAAGCGCUCGUUUUUACCAUGCCCAAAUCACAAAUGAUCAUGUUUUCAUAUAGAAAACCAAAAAAGAGAAACAGAGUUCUGUGUCUUUUUAUUUGAACGUGCUUUCAACCCUGCUGAAGAUGUAGAGUACUGUGGACUGAGAAUUGAUAUUUGGUACUCGUCCCUUCAUGAUUAUGUCAGUAUCGCUCCGUAUGCACCCUUUGAACCAUUCGAUUCUGCCUUUUAUCCUCAUCUGGGUACAGUCAAAACUGCUCUCUGCCAUGCCUAGAACAACUCAAGAGAGAGAGAGAGAGAGAUGGUACGUACCCAGAUUCCACUGAGAUAUUUGCCAUUGAUUUUGAAGGACAAUGCAACAGGGGAGGGCAGACAGAGGCAGUUAGCUUUGUUGCCUCGGCGUGCCCUUUAUCCUCUUGGAUUCGGGAAAAGGAGAAAUGGAAAUGGAAGCGAGGAAAAGCUCUCGUAAACGUCUCAGAGCAAAGGUCUGCAGAGAAAACAGAAGAAGGGUGAUUCGAAAAGAGGGCAUGAGAGCUUUGGAGAAAGCAUUGGAUUGCCUCAGACCACUUGUCGAGACCAAGACGUGGGAUUACUGCGUUGUUUGGAAGUUGGGAGACGACCCUUCGAGGUUUGUUGAAUGGAUGGGAUGCUGUUGCAGUGGAGGAUAUGAUCACCACAGUAAUGAUAUUUUGGUUAAAGAGGAAACGGAGGGUUGCCAUAUACAUUUGCCUUCCAUUUGCAGGGAUACCCACAUUCAGCAUCACUUGAGGACUAAGGCUUGUGAGGCCCUUGCCCAUUUGCCCUCAUCCAUACCCUUAUAUGUUGGGAUUCAUGGAGAGGUGGUGGCAUCUACCCAACCAAGGUGGCUCAGCCAUGCCAAUGUGUUGGAUUCAAAUCUCUCACAGGAAUCAUCUGGAACACAAGUUCUGAUCCCAGUUGUUGGAGGACUUAUUGAGCUCUUCACUGCAAAAAACAUGCCCAGAGAUCCAAAGAUCAUAGAACAUGUUAAAGAUCAGUGUACUGUCACUUGCGAACAAGAAGCCAUAACUGGACACUGCUAUACAUGCGAGCAGCCUCACCAUGAGCAUGUACGUAGCAGCACAUUUCCUCACUAUUAUUUCAGUUCCAUUCCUGGCACCCAGUCUCCUCCUUCGGCUAUACCAAUUAGCUCCUGUCCUAGCUUUGAAGGAACAUCCAGUGGUUCCAAUCAUUCAAAUGAACAUCACGCAUUUGAUUCAGGUUCUUUGACUAUGUCUCACAUGGCACUGUCACUUGGCAAAUCUCACCGGCCUCCAAGGCCGGAAUGGGCUGAAAAUUUUCCAAAUCAAGAGAUUAGUAUGGUUUUGGUUGGAGGCAAUCAUGUUUCUGAUAACAAAGCUAAUAUGAGGGCAUCCCAGAGGCCAGAACAGGAAAAAUACCAAUCGAAAAAUCUUGUCACGGAGAGGAACCGGAGGAACAGAAUCAGAGAUGGACUCUUUACACUGCGAGCUCUAGUCCCCAAGAUUUCCAAGAUGGACAGAGCUGCAACCCUUGGAGAUGCAAUUGGAUACAUUGAGGAGUUGCAAAAGGAGGUGAAGAAACUCAAGCAAGAGAUCUUGGAGAUUGAUGAAGAGGCCAGCAACUGGAACAAUGUUAAAUGGCAGACUUCAGAACUGAAGGGAGGAUAUGGAGGCAAGGGAAAUUCACCUGCAAUUGGAUGCAAUGAAAGUCGCUCUCCCACUGGCAAAAUGAAACAAUUUGAGGUACAAGAACCCACAAAUCCUCUAGUUUUCACUUCUCACCCUUCCUCCAAAUUUAACACACGCACACACAAGAGGAUGCCUUUCCAUACUGAUUGUUGGCAGGGGCAAGUCGAAGUGCAUCAGAUAGGCAAAAGCAAUUUCUUGCUGAAGAUAUUGAGUGAGCAUAAGCAGGGAGGGUUUGCAAAGCUGAUGGAGGCCAUUAAUUACCUAGGUCUUCAAGUAGUUGAUGCCAACGUUACCACGUUUGAUGGGAAAGUCUUGAACAUUCUCAAGGUGGAGGCAGGAUUGAAGGAGAUGCAACCAAAGAAAUUGAGAGAGUCCUUGUUCAAACUACUAGAUUUGAUAAAAGAUGGGAACCCAUGAACAGCAGGGAGCAGUGUUGAUAGGAUUAGCUACUGAGUUGUUUAAUUAACAUCAUGAACAGAAAAAGAAAAAAAUUGCUUAGGAUGAGGCUCAAACUAGGGUACUAAGUCUCAACCUUUGAUUUGAAUUUGUAUAGAAAGGAAGGAGUUUACCAAAGUGGUAUACUUUGAUUGUUAUUUACCUUUGAAAUGUAAAUCUUCAAAGAAGAAGAAGAAGAAGAUUGUUGCAA